ACCACCCCAUAAGAUGGUCCCAUGGCCUUACAGGGACGUUCCCCCCCACCUUCCUGCACCCCAUUGCACUGUAUGGGAUGGAGCCCACAGCCCCAUAGUGUGGUGACCCUACAGGGAUGUGUCCCCCCCCAACCCCCCCCUGUCCCCACAGACGUCCUGCUGAAGGUCCAUGUGUAUGAGGGCGGCUCUCUGACCCCGCUGCCCCAGACCAGCCUGGAGGUGCUGGGACCCCGCGGCUCUUUGGCCUCCGGGAGCACUGACCCCGAUGGCAGCGGGGUGCUGCCCCUGUCCUACAGCCUGGGCACCUGGGUGCUGGUCACCGCCACCCGAAGGGGCUUCGUCACCGCCACGGUGCCAUGGAGGGUCACCAAACUGCCGCUGUACGCCUCCAUCAGCCUGUACCUGCAGCCCGAGCGCCCGGCCACCCUCAUCCUGUACGAGGACCUGGUGCAGAUCCUGCUGGGCCCCCCCGGUGAGUGGGGGCCAAAGGGUCCGACAGGCACAUGUGGGGUCAGCAGCCUCCUAUAGCACAUAGAUUACCUAUGGGUGCCAUAGAGUUGACUAUAGGACCACCACCCCUGGGUGCCAUAGAGUCGACCAUGGGGCCACCGGCCCAUAACACACUCAGAUGUCCCAUAGAUUCCCAUGGGGCCACCACCCCUGGGUGCCAUGUAGUUGAUUAUAGGACUGCCACCCCUGGGUACCCUACAACUUGCUGUGGGUCCACCAGCUCAUAGCGUGCUCAGAUGUCCCAUUGAUUCCUGUGGGGCCACCACCCCUUGGUGCCAUAUAGUUAACUAUAGGACCGCCAUCCCUGGGUGCCCUAUAAGUGACUAUGGGACUGCCAACCCCUAACACAAUCAGGUGUCCCAUAGCUUGCCAUGGGGCCUCCACACCUGGAUGCCCUAUGUUUGGCCAUAGGGCCACCAACCCUGGGUGACAUUCAGUUUGCUAUGGGAUCACCAGCCCAUACCAUGCUCAGAUGCCCCAUAGAUCCCCGUAGGGUCACCACUCCUGGGUGCCAUAUAGUUAACUAUGGGACCACCAGCCCCUGCAUGCCAUAUAGUUGACUAUAGGACUGCCACUCUUGGGUGCCCUACAGUUAACUAUGGGACCAACAACCCCUAACUCAGAUGCCCCAUAGAUUCCCAUGGGGCCACCACCCCUGGAUGCCAUAUAGUUAACUAUAGGACCGCCACCCCUGGGUGCCCUAUAAGUGACUAUGGGAUCAUCAACCCCUAGCAUGCUCAGAUGUCCCAUUGAUUCCCAUGGGGCCACCAUCCCUGGGUACCCUACAACUUGCCAUGGGUCCACCAACCCCCCACCACACUCAAAUGU